AAAGAACGUUAUUUUUAAGGUAGAGCCGAACUCCUGCAAUUACAGAAGUUUUAUCCAUAGACUCAAAGUUUUUUUUCCGCAACAUUUUUGUGUUUGGAGACCAGAAGUCCCACCGACCUCACAUUUUCUUUCAGGAUAUUUGUAGUCCGACAGAAUUUAGUGGCUUACCUCAGUAUACAGUUACACUAACGUGCAUCUGGCCCAAACCAGGAGUCCAAAUACCUUUCUUGGUGGGGGGGGGCUAACAGUAUGUUUCAACUGGAAUCCGUUCAAGGACCUGUGGGUGGUCCCCGGACCCGGGUUUGGAGACACUCCCGCUGCAGACUCUAACUCAAGCAGCUCUAAAACUUGAGGUGAAAAACUAUCUUUCGUGUGAGUGCUGCAAGAGGUGAGCUCUGCGCGACUUCAACUACUCUCAGUCGCUGCGUAAAAAAGGUGGAGUGUGUAAACCCGCUGCCAAAAGGACACAAAGCACAGGUGUGUCGGAUGAAAGAAAAGAUUGAUUGAGUUUGCUUGCUUGAGCUGGCUCACAUUUAUGUGGACCUUUUACAUGCGGGCUGCUAGGAACCCACUUUACCCGCCGGUGAAGCUCGGAUAAUAAGUAAUUGUGAUGGAGUGGCGUGAGCAGUCUUCUGUCAGCUGCGAGGAAGCCUACUCGGAGGCGCAGAGUUGGAUUGAGGCAGUAACCAAGAAAAAAUUUGGGAGCAAGGACUUCCGAUCUGCGCUGGAGAAUGGCGUUCUUCUGUGUGAACUGAUUAACAAGAUCAAGCCUGGUGUUGUCAAGAGGGUUAACAGACUGCCUACUCCUAUUGCUGGACUGGACAACCUUAACGUCUUCCUCAAGGCCUGCGGGAAGCUUGGACUAAAGGAAGCGCAGCUCUUUCACCCCGGAGAUCUUCAAGACUUGUCCUCAAGAGUCACAGUCAAGGAUCAAGAGACCAGCAGGAGGCUGAAAAAUGUAUUGAUCACCAUUUACUGGUUAGGUAGAAGAGCUCAGUGUGACCGCUUCUAUGAUGGACCUUACUUGAACUUCAAGGCAUUUGAGGGUUUAUUGGGCACAGCACUAUACAAGGCUCUGCAGGAAUCUUCCAGUCAGAAAAGCAGCAACGUCCGAGACAGCGGUUUUGGAGACAGUUGGUACUCUGAGCGAGAGGAGCUCUCCCAUCUGAGAGGAGGAGGAGGUGGAGGUGGUGGUAGACACAGGAGGGACGACUCCCUGGACAGCUUGGAUUCGUUGGGUUCCCGACCCCACAGCAUCGCAUCUGACACCACUCUUAAAGGCAGCAGCGAGGGUUGUUUUAGCGAUACCGAGGCAGACUCUGUCUUCAAGAUGACCGAGAACAAGGACAAUCUCAGCUACCGCCGGUCGGCAGUGGUCGCGCCGAAAACCACCACGCAGUUUAACCAGUUCCUGCCCACUAAAGACAAAGCUUCUGGCUACGUGCCUGCUCCACUAAGGAAGAAACGGGCCGAACGUAAUGAGGACAACCGGCGCAGCUGGGCCAGCAUCAGUUUCGCAGAGGAUGAAAGCUCUCUCACCAGAGAGCGCCAAGAGAGUACAGACGGGAGCAAAUCAACAAGUGAUAUGCUCGUCGACCCUGCGGUCAACCGGCAGGCUCGCUACGAAGAGCUGCAGAAGUAUCGUGAGCAGGUUAAGCAGAGCGAGGAUAAGUGGCAGGAUGCCCUGAACGACUGGAAGAGCCGACGUCGCAGUGUCAACUCUGAUAUAGUAAAGAAGAAGGAGGAAAGGGAGAAGAUAGAGCAGAUUACUUACGGCGGUGAGAAAAGGUCUAAGACCUUCAAGGAGAUGCAAGAGGAGAGAGAAGGUAAAAGAAAGAGCAGUGUUGGCAGCCGUCUCGGAUCUCUCUCUUUUUUAGACGACGACGACGACAACGUAUUUGAAAAACCCGUCAUUGUCCCACGUACCCGAGCGCCUCCUAGCAGAAGCUACACAAUUGACACUUCCCAAUUUUCCUAUGAACCCCCCAAGCCCUCUGUGAAUGACAAAGAACCUCCCAUCGCUUCCCCAGCUACCGGCAGGGCUGCUUCCCCUCCCACUUCACUUGAAGUCGUGGACAGUCCCGCACUAAGCAGCUCCAUCACGAACACCAUCACUCCGAACAACUACAGCUCAUUCAACCGCUCCCCAUCUCCAGAAGCUGUACCUUUGCAGAGGAGUACAGACUCAGAGCGCGCCAGCACAGCCAAGAAGCAGGAGGCCCCAACUGUUGUCUCCUCUUCUAGCUCCCUACCAAAGGUGCCUGAGCCAAGCACCGCAUUGUCGGGCACACGGACUGAGGUGAAGCCCCCCUCUUCUGGUCCUUUGCACACACAAGCACAGCCCAGCUCAAUGGAACCCAAGCCUCCCGCGAUGUCUCGGGUUUCUUCCUCCCUGCCUAAGACCUACCAGAGAUCGGAUAGCGCACGUCUAACUUCAGUUGUCACACCAAGGCCCUUUGGGAGCCAGCCCUCACGCAUCACCUCUCUUCCCCGAGGCUUUACCCCCGCACAGACAGACGACUCACACAAGCGUGUCAAUGGCAACGUCGAUGUUUCUAAGAAGUCAUCGGUGCCGAGCCGGUACCAUCAGUUCAUGACCUCUGAGGACGAAGCUCUGUCUAGCUCAGCACACAGCAGUGAAGAGGAGGAGGAGGAGGAAGAGGCGACUACAGGGAAGAGCGUCAACUCUGCUCUGAGCGUCUCACCUGUACCUCCACAGGUCAAGAGUGAACCUCCUGCUCCAGCCAAAGAAACCAGCCAGGAGAACUACUGUGAGAUGCGGAUCAGCCUGAACCAGAAGCCCAACAGCAGCAGAGAUUUUGGUUUCCAGGCAGUCUGGGACUCAACAGGAGCUUGUGUCACAUCUAUCCAGCCAGGCAGCCCGGCUGAGAUGUGCCAGCUUCAGACUGGAGACAAGGUGCUGACGGUGAACGGGCACAAGGUGGCAGACCUGAGCUACACAGAGUGGAAGUCCCACAUGGAUGAGGCUCUGCAGGAGGGCAGUCUGGUCAUGGAUAUAAGGCGUCAUGGGCAGAACAACUGGGACAGAGUUCAACCUUCCCUGCCAUUUAAAAGCCAUAAGACCAUCAAUCUGACCAGUACGGAUCAUCCAAUGCUUGUAGGUCCCCAAGAAAAAAGCACAGUCAGCUCCAGCCUGGAUUUCACUUCAAACACUCCAGCAGAAACGCUGACGUUCAAAGAGACCCCGGCUCAUCCCGUUAGCGAAGUGGCUUCAAACGGAGUUAAUGGAGGUUUCCGAGAGGAGCCGGUGACCAUGAGGAAAAAAGAGUCAGAACCCCUAUCUUUGAAAAACUUAAAGCGGAGGUCAGAGUUUUUUGAACAAGGUGGCUCAGGGUCCAGUGUCAGUGCGCUGGUCUACCUCUGUGGAGGAGGAUCAGAGCCUGCAGUGCCAGAUAUACCCGUUCCUGUAAUCACUCCCUCCAGUCGCUGGUCUUGGGACCCAGAAGAGGAGCGGAAAAGACAAGAGAAGUGGCAGAAGGAGCAAGAGCGCCUCCUACAGGAGAAAUAUAAGCGUGAUCAGGAGAAGCUGCAGGAAGAGUGGCUCAAGGCUCAGCAGGCGAUUUCUACAAGCAUGGUUCCCAAACAGCCUGGGAGCCUGAAGGUGAACAACCACAGCAACAGCAGCACCGGCCCACACUCACCACUAUCUCCCGUCAACCAGCCCACAUCUCUACUGUGGGAAGAAGAAGAGCGAAAGAGGAAGGAGGAGCAGGAGCGCCAAAGGCAGGCGGAGGAGAAGAGGAAGAGGGAAGAGGAGGAGCGAGAGCUGCAGCGUCUCCAGGAGGAGAGGAUGAGGAAGGAAAGGCAGGAGCAGGAGGAAAGGAAGAGAAGGGAGGACGAGAGGAGGUUGCUGGAAGCAGAAGAGCAGCAGCGUAGAGAGAAGGAGAGAGCCUUUGAGCAGCAGCAGCAGUGGGCCACUAGCUCCCACGGCUUUCCUUAUGCCCAGCCUUCACUCACCUAUGCAGACAGGACAAAAUCCAAAUCAUCCCCUCAGCUCGACGAAGAGGACAGACCUCAGAGAAAAGGUGUGCAUGUGCACCAUGGGGGCAUGGCUCAGCGGCUGCUGGAAGAGCAGCUGAAGAAUGCACAAGACAGAGUUUACCAAAGUCAGAGGGCUGCAUCUGAGCUGGAGCUGGAGCGGAGGAACAUCCUCCAUGCCAUGAGAUACAGAGAGCCGGAGAGAGUGACCUCAAGCGGAGCCGCUGAGAAGAAGGACCAGCAGCCUGCAUCUCAGGCUGAGCUGGAGCGGCAGCAGAUCCUCAAUGAGAUGAAAAAGAAGACGUCAUUGCUGACGGACAACAGCUGGAUCCGCCAGCACUCUCCCGACACUUCCACCAACAAGGAGAGGGCCCUGCCACCUAUGCGCAGAGGCGAUUCUCUUGACAACUUGGACACCUCAUACAACUCCUGGCGUUCGUCAUCGAAACCCCGAAGCGGUUCUUUUGCCCAAAACUACUCUCGGCCUCACUCUGCCCUUUCUGGCAACACUUCCUUUUAUGGUGGGGGUUUGAGGGCUCAGCGGUAUGGUUCCACUUCCACUCUGCCUUCUUCCUAUUCCAUGGGCUCACUCCGAAGUGGGGCAGGAUCCCACUUGGUCCCUUGGUCCAGGCAGUCGCCUUCACCCUCUUCUUCUUCUUCACCCACCACCUCUCCAGACCCCAUGGCUGAGGCAGACGCUCCUCAGCAGCGCAGCAGGUCAGUGAGUGGAAAGAAAAUCUGUACGUUCUGUGAAAGCCCGCUGGGAAAGGGAGCAGCCAUGAUCAUCGAGUCCCUUGGACUCUGUUAUCAUUUGGGUUGCUUUAAGUGCAUCGACUGUAAGUCUGACCUUGGAGGAUCAGAAGCCGGGGCUGAAGUCCGAAUACGAAACAAGCAGCUCUACUGUAACUCCUGCUACAUGCGAGUCAAAACUGGUCAACCAACAUCUAUGUGACGUGACUGUCCUCCAGCAGAUUGAUGAAGAGACUACUUCCGACAACAACCCUUGAAUUUUAAAGUGAACAUUGAAGCCAUUGCAAUUAACCGGGACACUUGGUUGGGACGUAUCGCUGUUUAUGAUUCUGUUAAAACCCCAGGCGAUACCUUGGUGAGAAUCAUAUUUGUUUUUACAGUGUGUGAUUAAGGAAGGGACGCUUGCAAAGUAGUUAUCAGCUUUUGUGUUUAUAUCCUAUUAAGCAGCACAAUUGUACAGAGUGUAAGGGUUCUGCAUGCGCCGGAGUUUUUAAACGUUUUAGCCACAAAACUAGUCGAGCUAUUAACUGUCUACCAGAUUCCAGAUGAAAGUUUUUUGUUUCUAAACUUCGCUUAGAUACUGAGAGAAAAUCCUGCAGGAUCAUCCUCCUCAUUUUCACGCUUCUUUUCCCACCAACUAUUGUGUUAUAAAAAUGUGUGUCAACCAAGGUAUUGGUGUCAUGUCUAUCAUGUGCCUUUUUAUUUGUAAUUAAGAUUACUAAAAUACUGCAAAAUGUCGUUUGCAUUUGUCUCAAGUUUUCAGUGAUGGAGUAUUGCACACAUAAGCAGGUUUCUAUGUAAAGAAUAUACGUCACACUGAUUAGGCAAACAUAACAAUGUAAAUAAAAAUAACUAAAUACUC